ACUAGCCAAAGCCAAGGGCUGCCGACGGGUGAGCUCCCGUCCUCACCUCAGCUCCUGCCCACCGAGCAGUUGGGAGGCAUGCACCUGCGAGUAGAUAAAGAAGUGUUGUGUCUCGACAAUAUUCCCCUCGACAUGUCCGAGAAUUCCGUGGACGACCAGUAUAUUAACUGCAACCCCCCGAAGGUGCUCCCUCGUGAGAGCUCAGGAUAUAUUCCUGUACCGACAAAAUAUAAGGCAAGGUGGGAAAUAGCCAAAAAGCACUGGACCGAAGUUGGCAAAUCAAUCACCGACCUCACUCCAAUGCAAGGUACUGCAAUCGUGGCUUACAUGCUCCCUACAGACCUAACCAGGGAUUUCAAUAAGGCUACAAGAGAAGCUGGGAUAUCCCAAGAGUCUUACAGUCAAUUUGCCUUCAAGGACUUUUUCUUCCUCUUAACCACGGCUGUUCAGGCCAGGAAGGGCAACUGCCGCGAGGUCUUCCGUGGGGUAAGAAAUGUCCAUUUCAAUGUCCGCAAGGGGGAUCGCAUCCGCUUCGGGCAGUUUACUUCCUCAUCUUCGGAGAAAGGGGUAGCCGAAACGUUUGGCACGGAUACCGUGUUCUCCAUCAAGACCUGUUACAGAGUGCCCAUUGAUGACAUCUCGCCCAUGACAUACGAAAAGGAAAUUCUCAUCCCGCCCUAUGAGACAUUCGUCGUGAGGAGCAAGGAUAAUGUGUCCCCCAUCCGGUUGGAAUCCGAUGGUGUUUAUAGCCGGUUCAACUGUGAGCGCCUGCAAG